AUGGCUUCGAUAUCUCAUUCUUCAUUGGCGUUCACUGGAACAAGCUCUGCUUCCGAUAUUUUUCGGAGUUCCAGUAAUGGCGUAAUUGGAAUUCCUCUAAGAGCCCUAGGGAAGGUACGAUUGGGCAUGAGGAGGAACCUUGCCGUCGUCGCCAAGCUUAGGAAGGUGAAGAAGCACGAGUACCCUUGGCCUGAGGAUCCCGAUCCCAAUGUUAAAGGAGGAGUGCUCACUCAUCUCUCCCAUUUCAAGCCGCUGAAAGAAAAGCCCAAGCCGGUUACUUUGCCAUUUGAGAAGCCACUUGUUGAUAUCGAAAAGAAGAUCAUUGAUGUGCGGAAGAUGGCAAAUGAAACUGGGCUGGACUUCAGUGAUCAAAUUAUUUUGUUGGAGAAUAAAUACAACCAGGCUUUAAAGGAUUUAUAUACGAAUCUGACUCCUAUACAACGUGUGAAUAUUGCACGACAUCCUAACAGGCCAACUUUCCUUGAUCAUGUCUUUAACAUUACUGAUAAGUUUGUAGAGCUUCAUGGAGACCGGGCAGGGUAUGACGAUCCUGCUAUUGUCACUGGUAUAGGAACUAUAGAUGGUAGAAGAUAUAUGUUCAUGGGUCACCAGAAAGGUAGAAAUACGAAGGAGAACAUUCAGCGUAAUUUCGGGAUGCCUACUCCCCAUGGUUAUCGGAAGGCUAUGCGCAUGAUGUACUAUGCAGAUCACCAUGGGUUCCCCAUUGUUACUUUCAUUGAUACCCCGGGUGCAUAUGCAGACCUUAAAUCAGAGGAACUGGGCCAAGGUGAAGCCAUAGCUCACAACUUGCGGACUAUGUUCGGCCUGAAGGUACCAAUUGUCUCUAUUGUCAUUGGGGAAGGUGGCUCUGGUGGUGCCCUUGCCAUUGGCUGUGCUAAUAAGUUAUUAAUGCUUGAAAAUGCAGUUUUCUAUGUUGCCAGUCCAGAAGCAUGUGCAGCAAUCUUGUGGAAGAGUGCUAAAGCUUCUCCAAAGGCAGCUGAAAAGCUGAAGAUUACUGCAACUGAGUUGUGCAAGCUGCAAAUUGCAGAUGGCAUCAUCCCUGAGCCGCUUGGUGGCGCACAUGCAGAUCCCUCAUGGACCUCUCAACAGAUAAAAAAUGCAAUUAACAAAGAAAUGGAUGAGCUUCACAAGUUGGACACAGAAGCACUGUUAAAGCAUCGCAUGAUGAAGUUCCGGAACAUUGGUGGGUUUCAAGAAGGAAUUCCUAUAGAUCCAAAGAAGAAAAAGAACAUGAAGAAGAAAGAUGAGCCCAUUAAUGUAAAGACUCCAGUUUUGGAUUUGGAGGGUGAGGUUGAAAAGGUGAAACAACAAAUUUUGAGAGCCAAAGAAUCCUCUAAUGAACCUCCAAUGUUGCCUCUGACUGAGACGAUAGAAAAACUGAGAAAGGAAGUGGAUACUGAAUUUUCAGAGGCGGUUAAAGCCCUGGGCUUGAAAGACAGGUUUGCGACAUUGCGUGAGGAAUUUUCAAAAGUAAAUGCACAGAACCAACUCUUGCAUCCAGCUCUAAAAGAAAAGCUUGAAAAACUCAGGGAGGAAUUUAACCAGGGGUUGUUGUCAGCUCCUAAUUAUGAAGACCUAAAAUAUAAACUUGACAUGUUGAAGGAAUUAUCAAAAGCAUAUGACCUUGCAGAGAAGAACAAGAAGGCUGCAAAACUGAAGCAGGAAGUUAACAAGAAAUUCAGUGAGAUCAUGGAUCGCGAAGAUGUUAAGGAGAAAGUUGAGGCACUUAAGGCUGAGGUUGAAAAUUCUGGGGUGUCUAACUUUAAUGAUUUGGAUGAUAACCUGAAGGGGAAAAUUGUGGAAUUAAGGAAAGAAUUAGAGUUUGAAUUUAUUGAUGUUCUCAAGUCCUUGGGUUUGGAUGUUGAGUUAAAAUCAAAGCCGGUUGAGCAGACUUUGCCGUCAGAAGUUAAAACCAAGAUAGAAGAAUUGAACGAAGAAAUUAAUGACAGGAUUGAAAAUGUUAUCAAUUCAUCCGACCUGAAGGACAAGAUUGAGCUGCUGAAGUUGGAGGUUGCUAAGGCAGGGAAGACACCUGAUAUAGCAGCCAAAAACAAAAUUGUGGCCUUGGAGCAACAAAUCAGACAAAGCAUAGCAGCAGCUGUGGAAUCUUCAAAUCUAAAAGAGAAGCAUGAGAAGCUGAAGGCCGAGGUUUCCAAGACCAUUGAAUCUUCUGGAGGAUUGGAUGGAAGUUUGAAGACGGAAAAUCCAAAUGAAGAUUCUUUCUCUUUUGAUGAGUCUAGAGUAGUGGGUGCAAAUCGCACCUUCGGUUAA